GAACACAAAUCAUCUGACAACACCUGCUGUGAAUAAGUUCAAUCUGUUGGCUUGUUCUUCAACAAUUGAAGUCUAAAUACUCUCUAUUGCUCAAAUUUUUAUCUAGGGAGUGCCAGUUUGAUCAAGAAGAGAGAAUGGUUGGAAUCAAUGUUCCCGUUCCUUUUCCAGCGCCUUUCACUAAUGAACAAAAAACAUCUUUUGCCGGUGACUUCAAUUUUUCUGGAAAGGCAGGUGUGCAGUUUUACACCCAGAUCAAAAUGGUGGCCCAACAAUGGAGCGAUUUUACAAGAAUGGGGGUGCCUUCGCUCUCUGAUACAGAUAUAAGAAGCCAAGGUGUUUCUUCACUGUUGCAUCCAUCAUCUGAGAGAGGCUCUCCUAACCAAAGGGAGUCAUCAUCUAUGUCCGUAUCAUCAGAUAGAGAUUCACCAACC